GUUGCUCGGCGAGGGAAAGGGAAGAUGGCGGAGGCAGCAGCGAAGGCGCCCGCCCUGGAAGCAACUCCGGCCGCCCCGGCGGGGACGGUGGCUCCGGGGACCGCGCGGAGCCCGGCGGCUCAGCGGCCGCGGGCGGAGAAGUAGGCGGCCUCGCCGGGCCGGGCCGGGCGCAGCUACCGCGGAGCGCCGUCCCGCGCCUCACGAUGCUUUCGGCCUUGAAGAAGCUGGUGGGCUCCGACCAGGCCCCGGGGCGGGACAGGCCCAUCCCGGCGGGGCUCCAGUCCAUGAAUCAGGCGCUGCAGCGGCGUUUCGCGAAAGGCGUCCAGUAUAACAUGAAAAUUGUCAUCCGAGGUGACAGAAACACGGGAAAGACCACUCUGUGGCAUCGGCUGCAGGGAAAGAAGUUUGUUGAGGAGUACAUUCCAACUCAGGAGAUCCAAGUCACCAGCAUCCAUUGGAAUUAUAAGACUACUGAUGAUAUUGUGAAGGUUGAAGUCUGGGAUGUAGUCGAUAAAGGCAAGUGCAAAAAACGGGGAGAUGGAUUGAAACUGGACAACGACCCUCAGGAGGCAGAAUCCGAGAUGGCUUUGGAUGCGGAAUUCCUGGACGUGUAUAAGAACUGCAACGGGGUCGUGAUGAUGUUUGAUAUCACCAAGCAGUGGACCUUUAACUACAUCCUGAGAGAACUUCCUAAAGUCCCCACCCACGUACCCGUGUGCGUGCUUGGGAACUACCGGGACAUGGGCGAACACCGGGUGAUCCUGCCUGAUGAUGUGCGGGAGUUCAUUGACAACCUGAACAGGCCCCCUGGCUCCUCCUACUUUCGCUAUGCCGAGUCUUCCAUGAAGAACAGCUUUGGCCUCAAAUACCUGCACAAGUUCUUCAACAUCCCCUUCUUGCAGCUGCAGCGAGAGACUCUGCUGAGGCAGCUGGAGACCAACCAGCUCGACAUUGACGCCACCCUGGAGGAACUCUCUGUGCAGCAGGAGACAGAGGACCAGAACUACGAGCUGUUCCUCGAAAUGAUGGAAGCGCGUGGCCGCGGCCACGCCUCUCCUCUGACCACCAACGGGCAGAGCCUUUCCUCGGGUUCCCAGUCGCCGGUGGUGCCGCCUGGCAACGCUUCGGGGGGCUCCAGCCCCGGCACCCCCCAGCAGAGCUUGGCCAGCCCUGCUGUUGCCACGGACCCCGUUGAGCCUCCUGCGCCGGGGCUGCCACCUGAAGCCCAGCCCCCUGCGGCCCCCCCCACACCAGCUCCGCCACAGAAGCGCGGCAUCAUCGCUCGGCUCUUCGGGACGUCCCCGGCUCCUGAGGCUGGUCCUCCCCUGCCAGAUCCUGCCGCUCCCGCCCUCCCUGCCGUUGCCCCCCCCAAAGUCCAGAGCGUGGAGGACUUUGUCCCUGAGGAGACCAUGGACCGCAGCUUCCUGGAAGACCCCGUCCUGCAGAGAGACAAGGGGCUGCGGGCAGCCAAGGCUCCCGCCGACAGUGACAGUGACAGAGAUGCUCCUGGUGGGAACCCCUUGGUUGCUGGCUUCCAGGAUGACCUGGACCUUGAUGAGCAUCUGUCCAGCAAGCCCCCAUUAGUGGCAGAGCUGGUCCCGAGCAAAAACGUGACCUUGUCAAGCGAGGAAGAAGAAUGCUCCAAGUUCUCCAUCAUGAUGGCUGAAGAUACUGGCUUCGAACAAGAAAAAAAACGAGCUUCCAAAAAGUCCUCAAAACUCCCGGAGCCCUCAGCACUCACCAAAGCCACAGAGCUGAAAUCUCCCACCAGCCAGCCUCCCGUCGAGCAAAUGAACAGCAUCAGGCACUUGAUGGUGGCAGGCGGCCCUGAGGCCUGUGCCCCCCUGGCUGCCCCUGCCUCCCAGCAGCAGGAGUCCGAGAGCGACUCCGAGGGGCCCAUCGCCACGCAGAUGCUCUCAUUUGUGAUGGACGAUCCUGACUUUGAAAGCGAGGAGUCGGAGAGCCAGAGGAAGCAAGCCGAGGAGUUCCCAGUGCGAGAGGAUCUCUCGGACAUCUCCGACGAGGACGCCCCUUCCAGGCCUCCCCAGCUGGCCAAGCCCGUGAUCCGCUCCUUCAGAGUGAAGAACGAGGCGGAUCUCUUUGGGUUGGGCCUGGAUGAGCCAGCUCCCAGAGUCAGCAGCGAGGAAGCUGCAGAUAAAGAAAAGCAGUCUUUGAAGGAGAAAAAGAAAAAAAAGAAGAGAAGUAGCAAAGAGGAAGAAACAGAGAAAAUCGCAGGGAGAAAGAAGGGCAAGCCGAAGAAGGGCAGGGAGAAGGAGGAGGACAGAGGAGAGAAGGAGAAGAGGAAGCCGCCACCACUGAAGCAGACACCGCAGCGGGGCAAGGCGAGGCCCAGCGGCAUCGACGAGCUGGAGGCCUUCCUCGGUGGCGGCGGUGCUGGGGCCGGCAGGCAGCGCGGGGGCGGAGACUACGAGGAACUGUAGCACUCAGACAGGUGCCCGGGCAGGCAUCCCGGCUCCAGGAGGAAGCCACCCCCUCCGCAGCUGCCGUCCCUGCCUUUCUCCGCCGCCUGUUGCGAGGCUGGCUGGACCGAGGGGAGGCAGGGGCUGCGGAGGGGCCCGCGAGGGGCUCAGAAGCACCAGGCCUUUUCAUCCUUCCUGCCGGCCUAGAGGGUCACUGCCCCGGGGAGGCUGCCUUUUGUUCCGCUUGAAGCGUCUGCUGCCCGUUGAACGCUGGGUCUGGGCUAUUUUUUUACCAGAGAAACAGCUGUGGACUGAUGGCUCCCUGGGAGCUUGGACAGCUGUGGGGUCCCAGCCAGGUGUAUGUGGAGGGGGGCAGAGGCCUUCUGCAUUGGGAGGGGGAGGGGUGUUUGAGUAGCCUGGGGCUUUAUUCUGGGGGUUUGGGGGAGAGAGACAGACUUAAGUGCUCCCCUCCCUGUUUCUUGGUUGUCCCAGUUUGUGUCCCCGGGAAGCCCAUCUGUGCAGCUGAGCAUCCUCAGCCACCUUGCUUUGACAUCUGCCGAAAGAGGACUGGCCACAGCAAGUGGGGGGGCACCAUCCGCCCCUCUCCUGCUUCCUGCUGGAGCACAGAGCCCUCUGGGCAGGAGGCUCUCGCCCUUCCUAGACCCCUGCCUCCCGGUUACUGCUGCAUGUGUUUGCCCUGAAGCCCCAGGCAGCCCCUGACAGUGGGUGGUCCCCCCACCAUCACGUUUCCUGCGUUGCCCCCCCCCCAGCGCCUUCACUCACCUUCCUAGCCUUGCUGUGCGCCUCCGAAGAUCUCAAGGAAAAGCAGUUAAAAAUUCUGGUGCAUUCCAUUGUGGCCUCGUGUUCCUAGGUGUGGAUUGAACUUGGGCUGUUUUGACAUUCCUCCCCCGUCCCUCCCUUGGGGAAAUGCACUGGUCAUCCUUGACCUCCAGCAGCCUGCAUGACACAGGUAGUGCUCUCAGGGCCUCGGGCCUCCCUCCUUGAGUUGGGGGGGGCACGCAUGACAAACCUACUCUUGACCCAUUGCCCCCUGAAGCACCUGGGCCCCUUCCUCCUCCCCCCCAGCCCCUCCCAGCCUAUUCUCUGGAAUGCAGCUGGCAGCUGAGCCUUGUACUGCUCACCUUCCCUUUUCUUUUAUUCUCCCCUUUUUCACUUCGUUUUUGGGAAAAACAGUCCCAGCGAUGCACUCCUCCAUUCCAGCUGAUAAAGCUCUUGGUUGUACAA